AUGUCGAACUGUUCUCCGAACUCGAUUUCCCCAAGCUCGUCCGGAGGCGAAUUUCAAAAAUCUGAAAUCAAUUCCGUAAUUGGAGGCCUAAGUCGAUCACCGGCUCUUGCCACUUCAGUGCCUUCCCAUCAUUGUGCUGUAAGCCCCCAAGAUGAAGCUAGCAAUGAUGGGCUCAACAAAAACAAAACACAAAAGUUCUACUUUACAACCAUGAUGGUUAAUGAAGCAGUGGCCGAGAUUGAUUUCGAUAAUUUAUUGGCCUGGUAUUCAAGGAAGAAGAAGGAAAAAGCCCUUAGCGAAGCUAACCCAAAUUCGGCCAGCGAGAGAAAACGGAAAGUCACGGCUCCGGAUACCACCGAGACAAAACGGUUAAAAGAAGCAACAACGGCAGCCGACAUACAAAAAAUUUUGACAGAUGAGUCGAGAGAUAGUAAUCCGUUAAAGCAAAUGGAGCUAAUGACCAACUCAUCAGCCCUCGAACCCUCCGGCAUAAAAGAUGUGAUAGCCUCGAGCUGUAAAAACAAAGAAGCGGAACGCGAACGAAAUGCCAAACUAGAAAAACUUGGGGAAAUCGAAAACACUCUGGUGGCGAAUCAACAACCGACCUACCAAGGUUUACAAAGACAAACCAGUGAAUCGCAACUUCUAGCACCGCCAAUGCACGGAAAACAAGAAUGGGAACGGAUUGUAGGCACAGGCAGCGGACCCUCAACGAGUACCGCUUCAACGCCUCCAUGCCCGCAACCAGCUCAAUUUUCACCAAUGUAUGCUGCUCCAUCGGCCCCACUUUCUGCUGGUGCAUAUCCAACUCCAUUUCCUCCGUAUCCUUCACCUCAAAUGGGUUUAAAUGGGCCAGCUAGUGCCGGUCACUACCCGUCGAAUCCAGCAAUGAAGAAACAAAGUAAUUGCUCGAUGGCAACAAACGGGGCGACGAACGCACCUCGGAUGAUACAAGCAAUGUCUCCAAUGGGUUACCCUGCUUAUCAACCAUACCCUGGUUGGAGACCAGGAAUGCCGUAUCCAAUCUCACAAAAUCCUGCCUACCUCCAAUGGCAGCAACAGGCGAUGGCCAAAGGAUCUGGAAACCUAUCACCUGGCGCAUUUCAUCCUCAACUACCACCAGGAGCUCUUCCACCAAAUCUAGCUGGAUACCCGCCGAACAUGCUUAUUCCAAAUAGACUGCCCCCUGGAAUGCCACAUCCACCGCCAUAUGGAUAUCCGGGUAUACCCCCUCAUCCGGGGUAUCAACCACUUCCGGGUGCCAUGCAUCCUGCAAUGAUGGUCCCGAGGCCAGGAAUGCCAAUCGACCCUUCCAUGAAUCCCUACGCGAACUUUGCCCAAGUGCAAGGCCUCGAAAAGGAUCCAGCCUCCAAAUCAGAAGAAGCACCGGUGUCGGACCCAGUUUUAGCCGCUUCC